UGAUGACACAAUGAAAGAUAUAGUAGAAGAUUAUUUUGGAAUUUACAGAUACACUGGCCCCCUUCAUGCUUGUGAUGAGAUUUACAUGCCCUUCAACCAUAGGGAAAACCACUGGUUGUGCUUGAAUGUAAACAUGGAAAAACGGGUUACCUAUCUAUUCGACUCCAGCAGAUGUAUUGACACCGAUGAGGAUCGAAAAAAUCAAGCUACAUUAUUGGUACAAUCAUUGCAUAAGCUGCUUCAAUAUGCGCAUGGAGAAGAUUACGUUCAAGAUGUUAGUUCGUUUGCAUUUCAAUGGUUGGAAGACAUGCCACGCCAAGACAACAACUAUGAUUGUGGUCUUUUCGUCAUCAAAUAUAUGCAAGGGAAACCUUUGCCUUCGGGUGUAAUCAAGUUUGACUAUUUGCAUAGGGCUCGCUUGUUACUUGAUCUUGUGAUAUACAAGCAUAAUUCAGCUCCUAUUGUUGGUGAUAUCGCGCAAUAUAAAGCUGAACUCAGAGCUAGGGGUGAAUUGAAAUGGAAGUAGAGGCUAUACGACUUUUGUGAUCCUAAAAGAAGGAAAGAUAGUGGAUAAGGUUGUGGGAGCGAACAAAGACGACUUUGAUUUUAAUUGAUGUAUUUAAAAUUUGAACAUGAAUUG